AUGGAUGUAAGUGUAGAAGAGGAGCAACCCGGGAGGAGUAUGCCAAUACCGAGUCGUGCAAGCGUCUACGCCGAGGUCAAUCAGCAGAAACCUCGUGAAUAUUGGGACUAUGAAUGUCAUAUGAUAGAAUGGGGUAAUAUAGACGAUUAUCAAUUAAUCAGGAAAUUAGGACGUGGCAAGUAUAGCGAAGUUUUCGAAGGUGUCAGAUCACCGUUAGAUGAAAAAUGUGUUAUCAAAAUUCUUAAGCCUGUUAAAAAGAAGAAAAUAAAGCGUGAAAUCAAGAUUUUGGAGAAUUUAAGAGGAGGAACAAAUAUUAUCACACUGCUGGAUGUUGUGAAGGAUCCUAUUUCUCGUACUCCAGCACUUGUUUUCGAAUAUGUCAAUAAUACUGAUUUCAAGCAGCUUUAUCAAACUCUGACUGAUUACGAUAUCCGUUAUUAUUUAUACGAAUUGUUGAAAGCCCUUGACUACUGUCAUUCGCAGGGCAUAAUGCAUCGGGAUGUUAAGCCACACAACGUUAUGAUCGACCAUGAAAAACGAACAUUAAGACUUAUUGAUUGGGGAUUGGCUGAGUUUUAUCAUCCGCGUCAAGAAUAUAAUGUGCGUGUUGCAUCGCGUUACUUCAAAGGUCCCGAACUUCUAGUUGAUUAUCAGUGUUAUGAUUAUUCACUCGAUAUGUGGAGUUUAGGCUGCAUGCUUGCGAGUAUGAUUUUUAGGAAGGAACCAUUCUUUCACGGUCAUGACAACUAUGAUCAGCUAGUGCGAAUUGCAAAAGUUUUGGGCACUGAAGAACUGUUUGAAUAUAUAGACAAAUAUCAGAUUGAUUUAGAUCCUCGAUUUAAUGAUAUUCUCGGCCGGCAUUCCAAGAAACGAUGGGAGCGUUUUGUACAUAGUGAAAAUCAGCAUCUGGUUUCUGCAGAAUCAGUAGAUUUUCUGGAUAAGUUGCUUCGCUAUGAUCACCAGGAACGACUCACUGCGAAAGAAGCUAUGCAACACCCGUACUUUUACCCUGUUGUUGAAAAUGAGCAGCACAGUAAGCAAGAUCUUAAUGCGUCUGCUGCUAAUUCUGGAACACCAGGCAAUCUAAGUGCACCAUUGGGAACUCCGCUUUUGAAUAACAGUGGUGUAGUAUCUUCACCUCCGGCUACCACUCAGUCGGCACAAUCCUGA